GCUCGUCACAAGUGCGCGACUCGGGCGGGCAAUUUGAGCGGUUUGCUGUUGCUGUUGCUGUUGUUGUUGUUGCACUCGGUUGGAUAACAGACUUCGAUAAUACUGUACGAAUUGUGGGAAAAAAUACAGAAGAAGCGUGUUAUUUAAUCAAGAGGGGAGUAAAAAUGAACGGAGGGACGCCUGACGGCCCGCAGCGAAGACGGUCAGCGCGGUUGACUUCUCCGCAAAACAACGUCAAAGUUGACAACAUGGCGCCGGCGGCCGCUGUGAAGCGCUCCAUCACCGUGAGGAAGAUAGCGCCCAGGAAAACAGCCGUGCCGUCCGAGCACAACAAGGAGAAUGAGCAGAGGAGGCCCGGCUCUGAGGGCGGCGGAGGAGGGGAGCAGAAGAAGCCGAAGGUGUCCACCCCGGGUCCCGUCCUGGCCGAGCCGGUCGCCAAGAAGGCCGCCAUGCCCUCACCUAUCCUGGCCUCGCCGCCGCCUUGUCGCCCGCAGCCGGCGGCGGCAGCAGCAGCGGCCGACCCGGAGGACUUGGUGUGGUCCAAGAAGGUGCGUCGGUCCUACAGCCGCCUCAGCGACCCGUCUCCGAGCAGCCCCAGCAACAGGGAGUCUCUAUUCGGCUUCGACAAAAUGAAAACCCCGGAGGUGAUGCGCAAGGCGACGGGCCCCGACAGAUCCGGGUGUCUCUCCGGGCUGAACUCGUUCACCUCGCUGCUUGAGGCGGAGGACUCGGCUCCCUCCUUCCCGGAGCCGGACACUAACAUCCCCGGGGUGGCCGUGGUGAAGGAGAAGAAGAGGAGGAGGAAGGUCCAGCAGAUUGACAUCACGGAGCUGGACGCGCUGGCCGCAAAGAUGAACGCUGAGUUUGAGGACGCGGAGGGGUUUGAUUUGGUGGUGGAGUGAAUUUAACCCUGACACGGACUCCUGUGCUGCAGAUGGAGGUGGUGAUUGAACCAGUGACUUCAUUAUACAUGACAUUGUUAUGUUUUGUCACUGUCAUUCUUUAAAAAAACAAACAAAAAACAAUCAGUUUUAAGAUGUGACACAUAACUAAAAACUUCAGGCUGCUUUUCUACACGUGCAGCCCCAUAUC